AUGACAUUGUUGGCGCUGCCAUAUGACGAACUUUGGGUGCGCACCGGCGGCAAGUCGGCGUGGAACCGGCCCGAGUGUAUCAAAUUGCUUCACGUUGGCUCCCCCGGCGCUGGGGACGAACAUAAUCUGUCCGAUCAGUUCCGCAGCUUGCCACCGAUGAUGACGUCCCACUCGACGGCGCUCGACCUGCAGCAGCAGUCGUCGCCGGGCUCGCGCCUGAAGAACGCGUUCUCGUCCGAUUUCGGCUCGAAGUCGUUCAUACUGUUCGACCAGCGGAACAACCAGCGCUUCGAGAUGGUACCGACCGAGGAGGACGAAGAGCUGGUGGACGAGAACCAGGAGAUCAUACAGAUGCAUAACGGGCGCGCUCAUCGCUACGCGAUCAUACCGUCGGUGGCGGACGAUGAAGAUGAGACGUGCCUCAGCCACGGCAACAGCUACGGAGCCGAGGAACCGCCCAUCGUCCAGCGAUCGCCCGCUCGCCCACCGUCCUCGUUGUCGGUUCGCCAUCCGCGGGCGCCGGCCCCUCCACCCGGUGUCAUGGCGACGCCACCGAAAGCGCCACCUCAGCCGGGACGGAUCGAGACGACGCCGAAGAAAAAUCUGGCCACGCUGAAGCUACACGAACUGCUGACGACUCCCCAGAAGCAGUCUGCGCAGCACUGGAGGAACCAGCCUGCGCCGCCGCCACCACCUGCACCGUCGCCGUUUAACGCCACCCCGGCUACGACGCCGCGCCGAGGAGCGCCAGCUGGCCCGGCGAGAGUGGUCUCCAGCACACCGAAACAGCAGCAGCCGCAGCAGCAGCAACAACAGCUGCAACCCCCCACAACGGCCGUCAUUAGCCCGCGCCUGAACUCGGAUAUCUACAGCGAGAAACCACUGCCGCUCGAUCCCGAGAAACCGUGGGGUGCGUCGGACGGGUCGAAGUCGUGGCAAAAGAUGGCCAACGCGUCGAUUACCAUCGGGGCCGUCUCGUUGAUGCUCAUUCUGUGCGGUUUCAUGAACUCCGGCCUGAGCCUCUACAUGACCGCCAAGCUGGGCCGCGAAUUCUUUCUCGAUAUGGGCAUACUGGCCGGCUUCGCCGCGAUCGCCCUCGGCAUACUGGGCUUCAAGUCGCGCCAGUGCGAUUGGCUGCCGAAUCGGAACUACAUGUCAGGUUACGUCUUGGUGACCGUCUUCUCUCUGCUAAACUGCUGCUUCGAGGUUAUACUGAUGACGAUGCACCCGUACCCGGGCACACCGCUGAACGAUGUGACGACGGGCGUCAUUCUGGGACUGUCGUCCCUCAUCAUCCUGCUGAUCAGUCUGGGGGCGAUCACAUCCCGCUGGUGCCGUGCACCGCCUCCGGAUAACCGUGUGGACGUGUGCACCGCAUCGUGA